AUGGACUUUUGCUUUUGUAUCCCCAUUGUUUUCGGAUGUCCGAACAAGAUUAAGCAGGAGGGCGACGGCACUCCGUACGUGUGCCCGAGGUGCAACAAUGCCCAGGUCGUGGAGGCCAAAUCGCGCAUGUGGUUUGAACUUUGCUGGAUCCCUUUGAUUCCGCUUAAAUCAAACCAUGUUUGGCUAUGCGGUAUCUGCAAUUGGCAGCACUCGCGCGACGGCGGCUUCCAGCCGCAGGCCGCAGGCGCAAUGCCGCCACCGCCGCAGCAGCCGCAAGGCUAUGGUAUGCAAGGCUAUCAACCCAUGUAA